GAGGAGGAGGAUGAGGGGUGGUCUCACUCUCAGCUAAGAGGCUACUUUAGUCCCCCCACCAAGCAUAAGCACAUUCACGUAUGCCUCUGCACGUGUAGAGUCGCCUCAUCCGUCUCGACAGAGCGGUCGGCUUCUGAGAGGACCAGCCAGCAAGCCGGCGGCAGAGAGACAGCAGAGAGGGGGGGGGACAAACAGCAGAAGGGAGGGAGAAAAAGGGAGAAAAGGGUGACUAAAAGCCACACAGAAGAGGAGAAAAACACAUCCAAAGGAAGAUGAGGGAAUAAAAGGAAAGGAUGCUUUGAAUGCCUGCUCUCUUUCAUCAAGCAAGAAGAAGAAGAAGAAGGAAGGGAGCGAGGGGGACGCAACAUCCAGAAGGGACAAAAGCGGGAAUGCUGGAAUGAAUGGGAGUCCUGCUUGCACUAGGAAUAGCAGUCACCCACACCGAAGUCACUGAAAAGCACGACAAACUCCCUCUCCCUCGGGAUUUUGAUGUCGCCUUUUGGCUGGGCUUUCACGACGUUUGACCACCGUCGAGCGAGCACGUCUUCGCUCUCCAGGCGGCACCAAUUAAGGUGGGCUUGAGCCGGGCACAGUUGUGACAGUACUGAGGCGUCGGCGAGGCAAAGAGGAAAGUAAAGACGGCGUGGCGAAGAAGAGGAGAAGAGGCCUGCGGAUGCUUAUGUGGACAAGAAGUGGCCUGUCAGCAUGAAGACAGAAGAGAAGGAAUGAUGGAGAACAUCGCCGCUACAUAGGCCACCCAACAUCCCAGCUGUGCAUCACCAGUGAUACCAUGAUCCAGUUCUGACUGUGGGUAAUGCCGAGCCAAAUAACCAAUCCUGGAGAUGCCGAAGAGAAGAGAUAUUCUCGCCAUCGUGUUGAUCGUGUUACCUUGGACUUUGCUCAUCACAGUUUGGCACCAAAGCGCUAUCGCCCCGCUGCUCGCCAUCCGCAAGGCCUGUCACCACCUAGUAAAAGAGAUCUUUAUCAUUCCAGAGAGGCUUGCAGUCCACCACCACCGACUCUCAGAUGAUGGCGUGGAGGGCAAGCGGGAAGCGGGAGGCCAAACGGGAGACUCCAAGGAAUACUGUGCCUCAGAUAAGGACAUUGUGGAGGUGGUGAGGACCGAGUAUGUCUACACACGGCCUCCGCCUUGGUCGGACGUGCUGCCCACCAUCCACAUCAUCACUCCCACGUACAGUCGACCCGUGCAGAAGGCUGAGCUGACGCGGCUGGCGAACACCUUCCUUCACAUUCCCAACCUGCACUGGAUCCUGGUGGAGGACUCCCAAAGGAGGACGCCUCUGGUGACGAGACUUCUCAGAGAAACGGGACUCAACUACACCCACCUCAAUGUCGAGACACCCCGGAACUAUAAGCUGCGAGGGGACACUAGGGACCCGAGGAUCCCCCGGGGGACCAUGCAGAGGAAUCUGGCGCUCCGGUGGCUGAGGGAGACGUUCAACGCCAACAACAGUCAAGCUGGGAUUGUCUACUUUGCGGAUGAUGACAACACUUACAGCCUGGAGCUGUUUGAGGAGAUGAGAUCAACGCAGAAAGUUUCCGUGUGGCCCGUGGCCUUUGUGGGCGGCCUGCGCUACGAGUCGCCCAAGGUCAAUGCCGCCGGGAAGGUGUACGGCUGGAAGACGGUGUUCGACCCCCACCGGCCCUUUGCCAUCGACAUGGCCGGCUUUGCCAUCAACCUGAGGCUUAUCCUUUUCAAGCCUCAGGCGUACUUCAAGCUACGCGGGGUGAAGGGAGGCUACCAGGAGAGUAGUCUGCUGCGGGAACUUGUCACGCUCAAUGACCUGGAACCCAAAGCGGCCAAUUGCACUAAGAUACUCGUUUGGCACACAAGAACAGAAAAGCCCAUCCUCGUAAACGAAGGGAAAAAGGGAUUCACAGAGCCCAAUGUGGAGAUUUGACAAUGUUUUUUUUUUUUCCUCAGAUCACGACGGUCGUCUUUGGACAAAACAGCUGCAGAGUUUGUAGCAAAACAAUGUAACCCAGCCAGACACUUAAAUGUGACAUUUUUUCUUUGGGAAAAAUGGACCAGUGUAUCAUAUCAAAGCACAGCUUGGCGAAAAGCGGAUUUUAUUUAUGAGCUCGGCGAACGAGACGACGUCAAGGACGACUUGGGCGACAACCUGACGGAGAGACAGCACAAUUCGAACACCAGUCAGGUUCUGGAAAAAAAAAAAUCUUCACUUGGGGGAGGGCAAAGAGAGCAAAAACGACAAGGAGGUUAUGAAUGAAGAAUAUUCAACUACACGGACUGCAAUGUGAUUUUACUCUGAUAAACACUACAAGGGAAGGAAUGUCCUUUUGAUAACAAUGUCUUUUGUUUUGUUUUUUUGUUGUUGACAAUACUACUGAUUACAUUCACUCUUGGGUUACCAUAAGUCAUACUUUGAAACCACAACGUGAAAUACCGCUGGGGGAAGUGUAUAUAAAAACAAACAAACAAAAAAAAAACCUUGCACCUCUUACUUAGCACUUAAAAACACAUUGAUAGUAUUUCUUUGUGAUGACAUGUGUAUAUAGCCAUAGAGCAAUCAGGAAAUGUUGUUGUGAAUACUGUAUUUAUGUUGGACCAUGAGGAAAAUAACAAUAGCACACAGUCCGUUUCAUUCAGUUAAAAAAAAAAAGAAAAAAUCAAUAGCUGACAUCAUAAAGGUUUCUCCUCGUCAAUGCACAGCCAUGUACGAACACACAUGCCAUUUGACAAAAAAAUCAUCACGGAUUGAUUUAUCCGGGAAAAGGAAUUCAUCCCAUUGAGGGGAAUCGAUCAUGUCUCAAUCACUGUACACCAAAUACCACCUGACAAAUAUUUAGCUACUGUAGUACAGUGUAACCUCGGUUAGGGUGACUUUCAGAACGUCUGACUCAAACUCGAGUACCACUUGAUUGAACCUCAGUAAAACUAGUAGUACUUGCACUGCAGUUAUCCAGACAAAAUGGAGUGCACUCGGCUGCAACCAGUAGAGGCACUGUUGAUUCCAUCUUAAUUAGUUUGCUUGCUAAAGGACUACAUUACACUUCCGAGCUACGUCGUGAUUGUGCUUAAUACAGGAGCUCAGAACAUUCACAAGUAUUCGCUUUAGGUUAGCACAUGUGUUUUUCAUGGGGAAGUGGUUGGUUACGUGGGGUACAGCUCUUGCAGUUAUUAAUUAUUUAAUGAAGGAAGACACAAAUUAUCCCCCCCCCCCCCCCCCCCCCAAAAAAAUGGAUGCAAGACUGUUGAUUUCCAAUUUGAAUUAUUUGGAUUUUCAGUGCAAAAACUGUAAUUUCCUUAGUAAUAUUAAAUAGCUGGCUAAAAAAAAAGCACAAUAAUAAUAACAAUGGUAUGGAUUUGUCAGUAUUCAGAUGCUGUACACCAUCAGUCCUGUGAGAAUAAGAAUUUGCUGAAUCAAUCAAACAUAAUCAGAGAUGAUUCCAAAACCUUAGUCUCUAUACUGAAAAUUACCAUAGAGUACUACGGCAUAAUUGAAAUAAAAAUCUUGAGAUUGCAAGAUACGAAUAAAAUCGUAAAUUUAUGAGAAAAAAGUUUAUGACUUCUUUUUUUUUUAUUAUGACAAUAAAGUGCCAAUAAUUAUCAGACAUCUCUUAAUUAAUAUAAUCUGAGAUUUUUAGAAUAAAUUGGAGAAUUUACGAGAACAAAAAAUAAUAUUACAAGUAAAAAACUUUCUUCCUGAAGAUCUAUGCUCUGUUGUCCGUCGGACAUGUAUGACACAGAAUAUUAAGAUUUUAUUUGCGUAAAUGCACGGCUUUAUCCUUGUGAUAUUGCAACAUUUUUUCCAUGUAAAUUUAUAUGAAAUUUAUUUAAUUUAAAUUUAUAUUAAAUCUUUACAAAGUCAUAAACAUACAACUUUUUUUCUAUGAAAUUUAUGACUUAUGUAUGUCUCAUAAAUUUACGGCUUUAUUCUCGAAAAUGUGCGAACCUUAUUCUUCAAAUCUCAGGUUAUUCUCUUUUUUUCCACAAUGUGACCCUAAUACUUGGUUAGAGAAAAUACUGCAUCGGAGUACAUGAUAUUUGUUUUAUUGACUGCUUACAUCCUGCAAUUUGAUCUACUGUUAUUUAUUAAAGAAAAGGUUUUCUAUUUAUUUGUGUAUUUAUUUGACGUACAGGUGUGCAAUAAGUGUGCAUGCACACACUCACUGUAAACUAUCUAGCAUACCAACCAGUAAUAAGAAAUUAGCAAUACUGUAGUCUGAUCUUGAUUGCUCAUUAUUGUGUGGAAUACAAGCGAGCAUACCAGCAGUACUGCUUCUUUUUGGGUUUUUUUUUUCCCCACCGCCCAUAUUUAAUAUCUGUUGAUGAGCAUUAACGACCCUCUCGAGGGCUUCCAAGGCACAAUAAACUCCACACGAGUGGUCCCCUUUCACUGUCAUCCUCAUGUCAGUCACACUUUUAUGCAUGGGACUCUUUAAUGCUUCUUUAUUAUUAUUCGCCUCGAAUUCCAGUUUGUCUCAGAGAAAGAUGGUUGUUGGUUCAAGAGAAAUAAACAACUAAGAACAUCA